GUUCUGGAUUACGACUACUACGGGGCGUAUGGCCGGGAGCGCCACCAGGACUACACCUACAAGCAGCUGCUGGGGGACGAGUACACCUUUGACUUCCCCCCACACCACCACGUGAUCAAGAAGGAGUGCUUAACCUGCAGAAACGCCCUGGCCCUCUUUGACAUGUCUUAUUUUGGGAAAUUCUACCUGGUUGGGCCUGAAGCAACCAAAGCAGCGAACUGGCUCUUUACUGCUGACGUGAGCAAAGCGCCAGGCUCCACGGUGUACACCUGCAUGCUGAACAGGCAGGGCGGUGUGGAGAGUGACCUGACUGUCAGCAGGAUCCACCCCGGGCACCCCAGCUCCCCCCUGGCCCCUGCCUUUGAAGGGGAUGGCUACUACCUGGCUAUCGGCGGGGCCGUGGCUCAGCACAACUGGUCCCACAUCACCGCUGUGCUGCAGGACAUGAAGCUCCAGUGCCAACUCCUUGACUGCUCGGAGGAGCUGGGCAUGAUGAGCAUCCAGGGCCCCCUCAGCCGAGUCGUCCUCCAAGAAGUGCUUGACACCGACCUCAGCAAUGAAGCUUUCCCCUUCUCCACCCACAAACUGACCACGGCUGCAGGAUGCAAGGUCCGUGCCAUGCGGCUGUCCUUCGUCGGCGAGAUGGGCUGGGAGCUGCACGUGCCCAGGGAGGACUGUGUGAAGGUUUACCAGGCGGUGAUGCGGGCGGGUGCCCAGCACGGCAUUGCCAACGCUGGCUACAGAGCCAUCGACAGCCUCAGCAUCGAGAAAGGGUACAGGCACUGGCACGCAGACCUGCGCCCCGAUGAUACCCCGCUGGAAGCAGGCUUGGCCUUCACCUGCAAACUCAAGUCCAGCAUCCCCUUCCUGGGCCGGGAGGCUGUGGAGGCUCAGAAAGCCAAGGGCAUCUUCCGACGCCUCGUCUGCUUCACCACUGAGGAGAAGGUGCCGAUGUUCGGCCUGGAGGCGGUGUGGCGGGAUGGAGAGGUGGUGGGGCACGUCCGCCGGGCAGACUUCGGCUUCGCCAUCGACAAAACCAUCGCCUACGGCUACAACCGAGACACCCCGGGGGGCCCGGUCUCGCUGGAUUUCGUGAAGAACGGCAGCUACCAGCUGGAGAGGAUGGGAGUGACCUACCCUGCCCGAGCACACACCCGCUCCCCCUUCGACCCCGACAACAAGCGAGUGAAGGGCUUCUACUGA